GCUAUUCACAGAGUGCCUCAUAUGAGAUGUUGAAGUGUACUUUUUCCGUUUUUCCAGUAAAUCUAUAACCAAAUAAGAACUGUAUAUCGCUCUUCCUUUUGCUGUUUGUUAUCCAUUUUUAAAUCUUCAAGAAAAAUGAAACAAUUGCUCAAAUAAUAUAUAUUUUUUUGUGAUAAAAUUUAAUAACGCUGCCCAUCAUAUCUAUUAUUGUAAACCAUUGUUUUGGUACCUGUUCAACCACCAAGUGAACCAUCAUGCACUCGCAAUCUAAAGGACCAACUACUAAAUCUCGACGAAGUCUAUCUCCUAGGAUGGAUGCUUCUGAGAAUCGCGGCAGUUCGAAAAGUCGCCGUGAAAAUGAUAGUAGCUCCACACGGCAUAGUUCAUCUUCCAGUAAAAAAACUUAUCACCACCACUAUUCACGGGAAUCAAGAAAUAUCAGUCCGCAGCGCCAGGAAGGAAAGCGGGAAGGAGUGAAGAGGAAAUACGAAAACGAUGCCAAACAUCAUUCGACCAGUUCAGUAUCUAGUAAAAGACCUUCAAGAGAAGAUAAAUCAAAGAAAACUGGACCAACACGUUCAAGCAGUAACAAUGCCAACCAUGUUAAUGAUGCCAAAAAUGUAGAAAAAUCUGAGAUGGAUUUAGAGGGAAGCGCUUCGGAUGAGCAAGAGAUGCUCAAACUUAUGGGUUUUGGUAACUUUGAUUCCACAAAAGGCAAAAAAGUUCCUGGGAAUAACGUUUCAGCGGUUCAUGUGAUACAUAAACGCAAAUAUAGGCAAUACAUGAACCGCAAGGGUGGAUUCAAUCGUCCUCUUGAUUUCGUGGCAUAGUCAUACGGAAGCUAUUGAGCCGGCAAAACCAGCAAACUGAGUAAUCAAGCAUCUUCAAACAAAAACAAGCAAAACUAGCAGACAAGAUAAUCAAACAGAAGCAAGAAAUAAACUCGUCCACGUUGGAGUCAAAGUGAGAGAGAUAACUAUUUUACAUCCACACAAACAACACACUUACUCACAAAUAUUAUGCACAAAAAUACUCAACAUGCCGGCAAGUGAGUCAUGAUGGAAAGAGUAGAAAGAGAGAGAAAAAUUCUGAUAAUGAAGAAAGAGGAGUUGAUGAAGAAAGCUGAAUUGCCACAACAACAAACUCACUGAACGACAACUUGCGUCUCUUUCUAUCUCUCUCUUACUGGUUUCCUUUCUUUCUCCUAUUUUUCUCUCUCUUCUGCAUCAUUUAAAUUAACAAGAGACCGAAAUGAUCGCUUUUCAGGAUUAAUCUAGAUCACACCUUAACUUGGCCUGUUUUGAUGAAAAUCAAAGGAAAAGAAUGCGUUAUCCUAUUCAAAUAAAAAAUAAAAUCAAAACAUUAAACGCUAAAUAUUUUUCCAUUCAUUGCCAGCUCACAUCUGUUAACACAUGGCACAUCAAGCACUAUGAUCACAAGUGCGUCUAUUUAAGUACCGGCUUGAUAACCUAUAGAUUAUUUCUUAAUCAAUUUUUUGUUUUUUUUAUCAAUAUGUAUACAGCUUCAAUGUAUUUAAAGCAAUUAGACCAAUGCCAUUUUAUUAUUUUCUUGAGAAAUACAUAAACAUAUUUUUUAGCCAAAGUUUGGUUGCAAUUUUUUUUAUCAAGCAUUUUUGUUUUUUUUUGAAGGAAGAUAGUGGAAAGAGAGCAAGAGAAGAAGAAAUAGAUAAUAGAUAGGAGAAGGGUAUUUAGCGGAAGAGAUUUUUAAUUAAGGGGAUGAUGCUGUUGCUUCUGCAGAACUAUUCGCUAUCUUAUUAGGAUUAGAGCAAUAAUCAUGGUGUUGAUAAAAGUAAGCAGCAAACCUAGUAGGACAUAUCCUAGUUCCAUUUAAUUGUUUUUUUGUCUUGUUAACUUUAGGUGGCUUUGCGAGUAGUGAUAUUCCAGUCACCUUCUUCUUUUUCACUUUCUUUACAUCAUUCCUUGAACUACUACAGAUCACUUUGGUUUCUUGUUUAACUACUUUCCAAUUUCCACACCUAGAUGAACAAUCGACUUUAGUAUCGGCUACUUUAAUUGUGCUGAUAGAAUUAGAUGAUGAUCUUCUCCUCUCUUGGUGGACAUUUGAAGUAAAUUGGUGGCUGCUAGUAGAGAAUUCAUUUUCUAAUGAUGGACUAAGUGAAACAUCAAAUAGAGAAAAAUUGUCAUCC